GGUAUUUGAUUCUCUACUCCUUCUUUUCUGCCCACCCCAAACACUCUCUUCUGUCGGUAGUUCACCAGAAGUGAACUACACAUCCCGGAGUGCUCCUGAAAACCCCUCCAGGCUGGACCUGUGUGAUUUGGCGCUGAGACCGACAGACCCACCGACCAGGCCCGGACUAAAACAAGCAGGGUGCCUUUGUUAAACCAGAGGAAGAGGGAGCUAGAGAUUAUUAUUCUUAUUAGGAAGAAGAAGACUGCACACCGGAGGGGGGUGGCGAGAAUUGAACAUAUCUAUCUCUCGCAGGGGUUUCACUAAAUGCUCCUACAUUGAGGAAGAGCCAAGCGUUUGGAUUGGGCAGCGAGCAGGGAGCGUAACAACCCCCCUCCUCCUCUGUUGAGAAUUGCGUUAAAACGAAAAAGGAAAGGCCUGCGCUUUAUCUAUAUUACAGGAUAUAUUUUUUUUGAUUUUUUUUUUCUUAUAGAUUAAACGAGGAAACGCUGCUGGCUGGUGUAUGUGUUUAGAAUGGGACACGCUGAAGGUCCAGUCAAAGAAAAAGACAGUUAAGGAUGCAGGAGCCCAACAAUGGAUUUCUCCUUCUCUUUCAUGCAAGGGAUCAUGGGAAAUACAAUUCAGCAACCCCCUCAGCUCAUUGACUCAGCCAACAUCAGACAGGAAGGCACCUGCGACACCGGCAGUGACCCGGGCGAGGAUGGACCCUCCUACGAUGCUGCUGCCCUGGAUGCAGAGUUUUCCUACCCGUCAUCGGCCUCAGAGGACAUGUCACAGGUUCCCAACGGCUACCCGCCGGGUCUGGGCAUGUACGAGCCACAGGCCAAGUUCUCCAUGUACUCACAGUUCCCCAAUGGCUCGGCUAACGGCUAUGGGGCCAUACGGAGCUUCGGAGAGCACGGUCUCAUGCCGGGAGAGGGGACAGUCCUGAGAGGCCCAGGUCUCCAGGAGAGACCUUUGUCUCCCGUGUCUCCACCUCUGCCCACACAUCACCCACACCUCCACCACCAUCACCACCACCACCCCCAUCACCACCACCAUGCGCACCACUUCCACUCAAACCCACCUCAUAUACAAACCCACCCGCACCCACACAGUCCUCCACCGCUGCCCUCCCAGCACCACCUGCCCCAGACGCCUCACAUCAUGACCCACACUCUCCCCCCUCCUCCCCCAUUACACCUGCCUUCCUCCAGUCCUCCCCCCUCCCUUGUGGACAGUACUCCCUCUUCUCAGCCCUCCCACGCCCCGUCCAACACCCCUGGUGGGGUCCUGAAGAAAACCAGCUCUCCAGAAAUCAAGCUGAAGAUCAUAAAGACGUAUCAGAAUGGGAAAGAGCUGUUUGAAUCUGCGCUGUGUGGAGACCUGCUGCAGGAACUGCAGAAGGAGUCUCAGAAGAGCGAGGCCACUCAGGUGCAGCGCAGACAUGAGAGGAAGAAGGAGAAGAGGAAAAAGAGCGCAAGGCUGCAGCUCCAGGUCCAGGAACAGAGCCUGGACCAGAGCCAAGCACAGGUGGCAGGUACCACAGGCCAGACAGAAGACAUCAACAUCCAGCCCCUGCCGACAGAAACACCGCCAGCCCAGACAGAGAAGCCUCAGAAGACCGUUAUCAAAACUGAACCAAAGACGCCGAAGGUUCCGAAGGUCCAUCAUCCAUCAGUGAUCCAGGAGACGGGCUUCUGUAAGGAGUUUGUGAUAGGAGACCUUGUUUGGUCUAAGGUGGGCACCUACCCCUGGUGGCCCUGCAUGGUCUCCUCUGACCCGCAGAUGAAGGUCCACACUCGCAUCAACACCAGAGGUCACAGGGAGUAUCACGUCCAGUUCUUUGGCAGUGUGGCUGAGCGAGCGUGGAUCCAUGAGAAGAGGAUCGUCAUUUACCAGGGGAAGCAACAGUUUGAUGAGCUUCAGGCUGAGACUCUGCGCAAGACCACAAACCCGGUAGAGAAACACAAACUUCUGAAGCCUAUCCCUCAACGGGAGCGUUCUCAGUGGGAAGUGGGUGUUGGUCACGCCGAGGACGCCUUCCCGAUGACGCGGCAGGAGCGAAUUGACAACUACACCUUCAUCUAUGUUGACCCAGAGCCUGCUGAAGCCCCACCCAACAAGAAACCCAACGUCAGAGCUGAGAAACGAAACCGGCGCUCCAGCGGCUCAGUCAGUAAGAAGGAAGAUGGAGGAGUGAAGUCACCAGACAGAGAGCAGCCACCACGAAGGCAGCUGCCGCGCCGACAGUGUAGUAUUUCAAACACAGACGACAACACGAACUCCCAGGCCUCAAAUGAAGAGAAGAACCAGAGGGGGGGCCAGCGUAAGACCAGCCCCCCCAAACUGAGCGCCGGUUGUGAUGCACGAGAACAGCAGGACUCACCACCUCCGGUCAGGGCCUGGAAAACAGCAGCCGCCAGGAAGCUGCUGCCUCUCUCUAUCACUAUGAAGCGGCUGAAUGUGGAGAUCACAAAGUGUGACUGGCCUCUCCUGCAGAAAAAAGCAGCACCGUCUCCAAAAAAAGACAAAGAAGAAGAGAAGGAGGAGAGAGUGGAGAGAGAGGCCAGGCAGCCGGACCUGGGAUACUGCUCACCUGAGCAGGACACUAGAGCUAAACCUGAGCCCAGUCCUGAAGAGGAGGAAGACGGGGACGAAGGGGAGGAAGAGGGGGAGGAGAGGAGGGGCUCCCCUGCCAGUCGGAGGAGUGAAGAGGGAGGAAUGCAGCAGACCUCCUCCCCUGGAUCCCCCCACAGUAGUCCACAAGGCUCUCAGGAGAGGAAGCUGCAGCGCCGAUCAGUCAGAAGCAGGUCUGAGUCAGAGAGAGGCAGCGAUCCCGUCCCUAAGAAGAAAACCAAAAAGGAACAGGCGGAGAUGGCUCCUGAGACCACACUGAGGACAGGUUCACAGAAAGGAGCCAGUGAGAUCUCAGAUGCCUGCAAGCCCCUGAAAAAGCGAAGCCGAGCGUCAACAGAUGUGGAGAUGGCUUCUUCUCAGUACAGAGACACGUCUGAUUCUGACUCUAGAGGCCUCAAUGACCCACAGGGUUUAUUUGGAAAGAGUCUUGAUAGUCCAGCAACAGCAGAUGCAGACGCUUCAGAUACUCAGUCUGUUGACUCUGGCUUGUCCCGUCAGGACGGCAGCACCGGCAAGAGAGACACCGUGUGCCAGAUCUGCGAGGUGUAUGGUGAGGGUUUGGUGGUGUGUGAAGGUGAAUGCAGCAGACAGUUUCACCUGGAGUGUCUUGGUCUGACGUCCCUACCUGAAGGCAGAUUCACUUGCUUAGAGUGUAGAAACGGCAAUCACCCUUGUUUUAGCUGUAAGACAGCGGGCCGUGAGGUGACACGCUGCUCUGUGUCUGGAUGUGGUUGUUAUUACCACGAGGAUUGUGUCCGUAAACUCCCGGGCACCACCAACAGUGCCGGCGGAGGCUUCUGCUGCCCUCAGCACAGCUGUUCUACCUGCUGCCUGGAGAGAGACCUGCAACGCGCCAGUAAAGGUCGUCUGAUGCGUUGUAUCCGCUGCCCACUGGCCUAUCACACAGGAGACAGCUGCGUGGCGGCAGGCAGCGUCGCCCUCACUCAUCACAUCAUGAUCUGCAGCAGCCACGGCAGCGCCAAGAGGAACGGCCUCCUCACCUCCCCCAUCAACGUGGGCUGGUGCUUCCUGUGUGCCAGAGGGCUGUUAGUGCAAGACCUUACUGACACCAUAUUAAGUUCAUAUGCCUAUAAGUCCCACUACCUUCUGACUGAGUCAAAUCGUGCUGAGUUGAAAUUACCUAUGAUUCCCUCUCCUUCGUCAGCUACCAAAAAGAAUGUUGGGAAAGGUGGGACCACUUCCAGGUGUCAAAUACAGGACCUGCGUCACGUGACAAAAGGAGGCAAGUUGCUGUGCUGCGACUCAUGCCCAGCUUCCUUCCACCCCGAGUGUCUGGAGAUGGAGAUGCCGGAGGGGGCGUGGUCCUGCAGUGAUUGCAGGGCAGGGAAGAAACCUCACUACAAACAAAUUGUCUGGGUCAAACUGGGCAACUACAGGUGGUGGCCAGCGGAGAUCUGCAACCCUCGCUUGGUGCCAUCAAACAUUCAGAGCCUUCGCCACGAUAUUGGGGACUUCCCUGUCUUCUUCUUUGGCUCCCACGACUACUACUGGAUCAACCAGGGCCGCGUCUUUCCCUACGUGGAGAAUGACAAGAACUUUGUCACGGGUCAGAUCAACAUCAACAAAACCUUCAAGAAAGCUCUGGAAGAAGCAGCCAGGCGGUUUCAGGAGCUUAAGGCACAGAGGGAGAGCAGGGAGGCUCUAGAGCAGGAACGCAACUCUCGCAAACCUCCGCCUUACAAAUUCAUCAAGUCCAACAAACCAGUGGGGAAAGUGCAGGUGCACGUAGCUGACUUGUCUGAAAUCCCACGAUGCAACUGCAGACCAACAGAUGAGCAUCCUUGCAGCCUCCACUCGCAGUGUCUCAACCGCAUGCUGCAGUACGAGUGUCAUCCACAGGUGUGUCCUGCAGGAGAAGGCUGCGAGAACCAGUGUUUCUCCAAGCGGCUGUAUGCGGAGACAGAAGUAAUAAAGACAGACGGUCGUGGCUGGGGCCUCAGGACCAACCAGGCCCUCAGAAAGGGCGACUUUGUGACAGAGUAUGUGGGAGAGGUCAUAGACUCAGAGGAAUGCCAGCAGCGAAUCAAACGCGCCCAUGAAAAUCAUGUGACCAACUUCUACAUGCUCACCCUCACCAAGGAUCGUGUGAUAGACGCCGGCCCAAAAGGAAACUCGUCUCGGUUUAUGAACCACAGCUGCAGCCCAAACUGUGAAACCCAGAAGUGGACGGUAAACGGAGAUGUUCGCAUCGGACUCUUCGCCCUCUGUGAUAUCGAGGCUGACACAGAGCUGACAUUCAACUACAACCUGCACUGUGUGGGCAACAGGAGAACGUCUUGUCACUGUGGAUCGGACAACUGCUCUGGAUUCCUAGGGGUGCAGCCAACGAGUGCUGUGGUGAUGGAGAAAGAGGAGAAGGCCAGGAACGCCAAGCUGAAGCCGAAGAAGCGGAAGCUGCGGCCGGAGGGAAAGCACACACACGAAUACUUCUGUUUUUGCUGCGGAGAGGGAGGGGAGCUGGUGAUGUGUGACAAAAAGGACUGUCCGAAAGCAUACCACCUGCUGUGUCUCAACCUCACCAAGCCGCCAUACGGACGUUGGGAAUGUCCCUGGCACGACUGCAGCGUUUGCGGCGCCCCGGCCUCGUCUCUCUGUGACUUCUGCCCUCGCUCGUUCUGCCGUGAUCACGAGGCGGGGGCGCUCACCUCCUCCUCCCUCGAAGGCCGCCCCUGUUGCUCCAGUCACAACCCUGCCAGUCCCCUGGAUUCCAGCUCGUCCCAGUCGCAACACUCCACUCUGAGCCCCGUCAGGGUCAAAGAGGAGCCGGAGCCGGUCUCAGAGUGACACCGCAGCUCCCUCAAUACCUCAUUCCCCCGUAAAGUGCGCUCCUGUUGGCCUCCUGGGCUCCGAUCCACCUCUGCUCUGAAGCAGCGCACUACGAAAGGGAAUACAGUGCUUUUUUUUUUGACGAGUGCAAUGGCCCCUGUUCAGAGACGAGACACACAGACGAACACCUCGAUGCUGUUUGCGGCGAGAGCAGAGCGACUGGAGUGUCGGAGAGGGAAGUGUCCAGGCUUCAUUUUCCCUCCUCUCUUGCCAUAAAACACCACUAACGCUCUCUACAGCUCGCCUGCGCCCACCGGAGGGGCUCAGACCACCACCUCAUUAUGUUUCUUUUUUAAAUUUUAAGUGUUGUCACGUCGUCAGUUACCGACAUUUUGAAGUACUCGACGAGUGAGGUGGAGGGAGAGGUAGAGAGGAGGAGGAGGAGGAGGAGGAGGAGACGAAAAGCUGAACCUCUCCAUCACCACCACACUGCUCCUUUCCUUGUUUACCUGCUGUAAGCUGUGGUUGGCAUUUCAACACACACAGGAUGGCUGCACGGAGAUGAGCCAGCCUUUUGUCCUCCUCCGCAGCCGAUCACCACUCCCAGACGUGAUCUGUCAUUGUAUUUAUCUCUUCUUCUUCUUGGAGGAAAGGAAGGAAGGGAGGGGGCGGGGGGUGACCGAUUUUGUGCAAUUUCUUUCAGGACCACACUACAUUCCAACCUUCCUUAGACAUGGUUUUAAUAUACUUAUGGGUAAAGAUGAAUAUAAUUAUAUACAGUAUCUAUGUUUGUUAAUGUUUACAGACAGAUUCUCUCACUUCAUCUUGGCGAGUGGUGUAUUAUGUUUGUUUGUUUAGGUGUUAAGCAUUACGCAGACCUCCUUGUGAAAAUAGUCCUAUUAAGGUGAAAUAUAAUGGUAUAUAGUGUAAUGGUAUGACAUUACAGAAGUACUUGUGAUUUUCAUAUUGCCAGUCUCACUCGCCAUCUUGUACAUAAUUGGCUCAUAAUAUUGUAAAGUACUUAAGGAUCAGGAGGGACGUAGCCUUGCCUCUCUGGUUGUUCCUGGAAGAAAGAAAAUGCUUUUUUUUUAAAACAAGACAGAUAUUUGACCACUGGUGCUGUCUUAAAGUAUUGUUGAUCAGCCUUAAGUUUGAUUCUGGCUGUAGUAAUUACUGCCCAGACGCAGUCCAUUUCAGUAACGUUGUGUACUGUGACCGCUUUGAUGCUUGUUUUUUGUUUUUCUUUCAGUUUUUUUUGUUUUGUUUUGCCAGACUUUUCUGAAAAGCACUUUUACACAGCUUGUCACUACACAUUUUAGCUAGGUGAUACAUAUACAGAAAUGUAUAUUAAAAGAACGUAAGACAAGUGUUUCAAAAUGGAUACCUCUUCUUCUUGUAGUAAUGUCGGAAAACUGUGUUGUAACUUCUUUCCCCCCCUUCCCUAUUGGUCAGAAACAUGGCGGGUACAGGGCGUGGUUUGAGUUGCCUAAAUGCUGUUUUUAUUUGUUAGGUUUGUUUUGGCACAAGUAGGAAUGACUGCCAGCCUGGCUUCGUACAAAAAAGUCCUCAGUGUCCUCAAGAGGCACUGCUUCAUUUUCCACCUGGACAUCCUCAAGGCUGGACUUCAAAUAAAGACGUAAUGGUAACAGUCCAGUAUAAUGUACAAAAACAAACUUCUGUACAGUGUUUUUAAUCGCUCAUCUGUCAAAUCCAAAUUCUUUUGUAUUUAUUGCACCACAUUUUAUACAAAUUUCUUUUUCAAAACACCAGUGCAGUAAUUUGUCUCCCACUCCACCACAGUGUAAGUGAAAUAGACUAUUUAAAAAACAUGGGGAGUUUUACAUGAUAUAUCUGUAUCUAGUCAUUGCAUACAUUUGUUUAUUUGUUUUUUAACAUUUGGUGUAAUGAUUCCACAUUUGGUAACAGCCGCUGUUCAUUGACCUGUAUCGUGACUCACUGUAAUUGGUGUAACGCAGUGUGAAGCAGUUCAAUAUAGGAAUGUAAAGUUUCAGUUUCAGAGCAGUUUUUGUGCUUUAUUUCUUUUUUUCCCCAUUUAGCCUGGACUCAAGUGAUCAUCACAGGAGUUUAUCUGUAAUCAUUCCUCAGCUUUUUGCUUGUGAUUCUACCCCGGUUAUGUGACUUGUUUGUUUUCUGACCUUUUUUAUUUUUAUUUUUUUCAAGCCUCUGGUUGUAAAAGUCGAGUCAGAGGGUGAAAUGGUGCCAAUGUUUCAAAAUCAUUUUCAUCAUUCAUUAGGGAAAGCGUAAAGUAGAUACACAGCUGCCAGUUUAUUAGGUACACUUACCUCAAACUAAUGCAAUAACUCUUCACUUCAUGAAGGUUAUAAUGUUAAGUUUUAUAUUGAAACUGUUUUAGAGGUGUUAAUUUAACUGUGUGAUGAUUUUGGAGGAUGCACUCGAACUGUAGUGGGUUUGGACAAAAAAUAUCCAAUAUGUGUUAUAUUGACAGGUGUGUCAAUACAAUUCAGCAGCACCACAAACUGCAUCCUCCAAAAUGACCACACAGUUGAAUCAACACCUCUCUAAAAUCAAUAAAAACUGAACAUUGUAACCUUCAUGGAGGGGGGAGUAACGGCCGGACUGUUGUAUGAGACGGCAUCAGUUUUAGCUAGGUGUACCUAAUAAACUGGCAGCUGAGUGUAAAUCACAAAGAAGACUAAAGAAAGGAAAAACAGAAGCGGAGUCAGUGAAUGCAGAAAAGUUCAGACAUGUAUUAAGACAUAUAAAAAUACUCUGCUUGGAAAAAUAAUGUCUGAUAUCUGAGGUGUUUCUACAAAAAAGUAUUAAAAUUCAAUGUGCAAAUAUUGUUCACUUCCAAAAUUUAACUGCUGGACGCGAGAUGUCUCUUUGUUCACUGAAAAGUCCAUUCUCAGUUUGUGUGUGCGCGCUGGAGGUUUAAAGUUUUCACCUCACGUUUGUGUAAGAUGCAUAUUGAACCACGAUACAAUAUAUCAAUAUAUCAAGUGCACAGUGAAGGUCAAACACUGAAGUAACGAGCAAAACCCGUUUUUGAGUGGAGGGGGGCUUUAAUAUGCUAAAUGUAUGCACACACAUACAAAACACAGGGACUUAAUUGGGUAAAGAACGCAGAAACGGGUUUGAAAAUGAAAAUGACUGUAUUUGUGCACAAACGUACAUUUUCUGCAUUCAGCAGCUCCUUUUUUUUUUUUUUUUUUCUUUCUGUCAUUACUUUUUAGGAAGGCUACCUUCCACUAAAUCUGGCAGAUUCCUGAGAGAGAAAAAACAAAACCUAAUCUUGCUGAUUUCCUGGCUCCCGAAUUUGUCUUCGCUUUUCAGAGAUGCAUUUCUGUUGCAUAGGUUGUUGUAGGAAUUAGGCCACUUUAGUAUCAGGUAGGUGCAUCAUUAAGGCACUUUCACUUACAUACUCAAAUGGUCUGUGUGUCUAAACUUGAACUUUUUAUUUAUUUAUCAAUGUAUUUUUAUUUUUUUAACACAGGAGAUGCAUACAUGUGUGAUUAUGAGACCACAUGCAUCCUUGACUCCAUGACUGAAUGAUGACUUGUGAUUAUAAAACUGGUCUUGAAGCCUUUUUUUCAAGGGGACUUUUUUCAGCUGAAGUGCAUGCUUCCAACAUCAGACACUGGUUUAAUCCACUUCUGUGAUCAGUUGGAGAGUCUCAAAAUGCCUGAUUUUAAUGCCAACGUUUUGUUUUUAUUUGUGUUCCUUUUUAUUUUUCCGUGUUGCACAGAGAUUGUGCAAAUCUGAACAGCCUUUAUUUCUUUGCACCUGCCAAUUGCAUGAUCAUGAAUUACUUUGUGCCAGUUUGUCCCCUCCUGCCCUUCUCAGCUGAUACAGCCGCAGUAUUACAUAUGCCUAAUUCAAGUGUCCCAGCAUGCAUCGUUUCAUUUCAGUAAAAUUCUGUCUGAUGUGUAUGUUUUGUUUAUUCUCAUUAUAGUGCCCGCAUUUUGUUUUUAAGAGACAGCAUGUUUGUUCUCUUUUAAGUGACCCUUAAAUACGCCUGACAAGGAUUUUUUUUUGUGUGUGUGUGUCCAGGUAUUAGCUAAUUAUUAAUAUUUUUCACAUACACUUAAAUUUAGGAUGGACUCCCUCUUGUUUGUCAAAGGGGAUGUUUCAGUUCACUGAUGUCUUUUCGUUUUUUGUGAGAUGUUGCUGACUGUUAUUAAGUUGGAGAGGAGAAAUAGUGUUGGAAUAAAAAAAUGUAUUCACCUACAUACGCACUCAUCUCUUUUUACUUGUAGAAAAAUUACAGUAACUCUAACUGGGGUCUUAUCUAUCUCUCUUGGUGUUGCUUCAAUUAAAACGUGGAUGAACACAAAAUACCAUGUUGAUUACUGUUCAACCUGUGUUACUGCAUAUUGUUGAGGAACCUGUAAAUAGUUUGCAUUGAACUUGCAUAGACUCAUGUUACUGUGGCGUGCUCUUUUUGCCUGUACAACUCUGCUUCUAAAUGUGUGUGACUGUUGAGACGACACUCUUUUUGUACAUGACUGUCUUUUUAUUUGAGAAUAUUGAUUCUGUCCUUUUUCAUUCAAAGUUGAGUUUGAGGAGUUCAGACAUGCCUGAAGUUUGACUUUAAUAAAGCUGUACUCUGUCUCAGUGAAA